AUGGCGUCCCUGCAACACUGGGUGGUCUUCCUCCUGCUGUCCAUCUUCCCCGUGGUUGAUGCCGGUCAUCCUGACUGGGAGCAUGCUCGGUUCUCCAGCCCCGCAUGGCUUUUUAUCAAACCAGGGGCUAAGUACCAGCUCUGGCCCAGGUCGACCAUCCCGCUAUGCUAUGACAGUGACGAAACCCGUGACACAUUUCAUGACAUUCUCUGGGCUGCGAUGCGAUUAUGGUAUGCAGCCGGCUUGCCCGAGAGUUUCCGACUGCUCGAGAUCAACCGCCUGGCUUGCAUCCACAACCCUUUUGAAUCGCUGUACGUUGAGGGCACGCGUGAUGUACUAGCCAGCGACAUCGGUAUGCCAUUAAUCAGCAUGAGGAGUGGUGCAGAUCAACCCGAGGUCGAUAAACCUACCAUUAAAGUGUUUGUUGAUCGUGAGAAUCUUGGAUGGACUAUCAAAUCGGCUGCUCACGAAUUGGGACAUGCCUUUGGACUUUUACACGAGCAUCAGAAUCCUUCAUUCUGGGGUCCCAAUGGUGCCGACAAGGUCUUUCGCUUCUACUGUAUGCACCUGCACGAUUUCGUGGAGAUCACCGAGGGAAUGUAUGAGGACGACGUCUGGGGACAGACUGGUGUCUGCAGAGAUAUCAUAUCCGCAGAGGAGAUUGGCUUUAGUGCCGGCGACUGGCUUCCAGAAGUGGCCACCGAUGUAUUCACACCGCACCCGUGGUGGGCACACGACAGCAUGGUUGAUUGGGAUUCUAUCAUGCUUUACCAGUCUUUUAGUGAUAGCAUUGAUGAAGACCAUAUACCGGUUCUCACUAGAUGGGACACAUCUACCUGGGAGUCGUCCUGGACACCCAGUACACUGGAUGUGGCCGGAUUGGAGGCCAUGUAUGAGUCCCCGUGGGCCAAUCCAAUGCUGCCGUUCUGGAAUGAUAUUCGGAGCCCUUACUUUGCGCUCUUUCGACAGUUCAGCCAUUGUGCUUGACCACUAGCAAGUGAAUGGAGGGACUGCUGGGUGUGAAGGGAAUGGGAAGGGAAUAGGAGGGGGAGCAGGUCACUUAAUGGAUUAUUCUAGAUCGUGAUGGUGAAGAAACUUGUAUUCCUUAGUGUUAG